AUGGCGACAUCACCUCCGCAAUAUGUCUCUAUAGCUCCUCUCCUUAAAAAGCUAUCUGCCCCCAGACCGCAAGAUAAUUAUGUCAAUGCGGAAGAUAUUGCGCUCGCUUUCUCAAGGACCUUCGAGAAUCAACUGAACGCCACGCAACUGGCAGCGCUCCUGACCCUACUGCAUUCCACAGGCAAGGACCGUCACCCCGAUGUGAUUGCGAAGUGCGCGGAAAGCAUGCGAAACGCGGCGAAUCAGGCAGACAAGCAGCGAUUGAGAGAAGUGGUCGGAAAGAGGAAGCGUGAAUUGGGAACAUAUCGAGGAGGGUUAUGCGAUAUUGUAGGAACUGGAGGAGACUCGCACGCCACCUUCAACAUUUCCACCACAUCAUCAAUCAUUGCUUCCCCGAUCUUGAUGAUGGCAAAACAUGGAAAUAGAGCUCAGACUUCAAUGUCGGGAUCGGCAGAUGUUCUGAAUGCAAUACCUCCCAUACCACCCAAGAUUGAAGCCUUGACCGCAGAGCUUCUACCCGAGGCAUACGAGCACACUAAUUACACCUUUCUAUACGCCCCCAACUUUCAUCCUGGAAUGAAAUAUGCUGCGACGGUACGACGAGAACUGGGCCUUCGCACUAUUUUCAAUCUGAUGGGUCCCCUUGCCAACCCUGUCGAGGCACAUAUUGAAGCUCGAGUGGUCGGAGUGGCGUAUCAAGAAUUGGGACCUGUGUUUGCGCAGGCUCUGCAAUUAUCCGGCACAACAAAGGCCCUGGUGGUUUGCGGUCAAGAAGAUCUCGACGAAAUCAGUUGUGCUGGGAAAACAAAUUGCUGGUUGUUGAGGGAAUCGGAAAAUCCAGACUACAAGGGAGAUAAAGACGAAGACUCGAGUGAUGGUGAUGAUGAAGCUGCUCCAAAAUACCUGGCCCAUGUGGAGACUUUUGAACUCGAGCCAGCCGAUUUUGGUCUUCCUGCGCAUCCGUUAUCGGCGGUGGGUGGUGGAAAAUUGCCCAAACAAAAUGCUGCCGUUCUGAUGAGCAUUCUCCGCAAUGAGAGAAGUCCAGACGAUCCAAUAUUACAUUUUGUCCUGAUGAAUGUCGCGGCUCUAUUUGUCGUAAGCGGCGUCUGCGAAGCAGAUACCUGUCACAGUGGCGAGGUCAUAAAGGAGAGAGGUCCAGCAGGAGGAAGAUGGAAGGAGGGUGUGAGAAAGGCUAGAUGGUGUAUCGAGAGUGGGAAGGCCCUGGAAGAAUUCGAAAAGUUCAUAGAGUUCACCAACAGACUGUAG